ACGCACGUGCACUCCGCGCGCACGACCCUCCUCCUCGACGACUCCCCGCGCAAAGCGCACCUCCAGCCGUACAACCACGUCUGCAUCCGCGAGUACGACGCGUCCCUGCGGCGCGCGGACCUCGAGGUCCUGCACGCCGCGCGCGAGGAGGAGCGCGCGCGGAAGGAAGACGAGGAGGAGCGCGCGCGGAAGGAAGACGGGGAGCAGCGCGCGCGGACGCGAGACGACGAGGCGGGCACGUACGACGCGACGCUCCUCGCCGUCGUCGGCGUGCUCGACGCGGUGCGCGCGGAGAGCAACGUCGCGGGCUGGAUCAGGCGCGGCGGGCUGUGGGGGCCGCGGCGCGGGGAGAUCGGGGGAGGCACCGGCGAUUUGGCGGGGAAGAUGUGGUUCGAGGACGCGCGCGUGAUGGAGUACUGGGCGCAGAGAGGGCGCGCGGCGCUGGAGAGGCUGGGGAUACCUGUAGAGCACGGGGUCGAGUCGUAG